GUGACCACUAGAGGGCGGGAGGAGCUCCUGGCCAGUGGUGGAGAGUGGCAAGGAAGGACCCUAGGGUUCAUCGGAGCCCAGGUUUCCUCCCUUAAGUGGAAAUUUCUUCCCCCACUCCCUCCUUGGAGAAAGCCAAGGAGGGAACCCAGGCUGCUGGAAAGUCCGACUGGGGCGGGGACUGUGGGUUUCAGGGUAGAACUGCGUGUGGAACGGGACAGGGAGCGGUUAGAAGGGUGGGGCUAUUCCGGGAAGUAGUGGGGGGAGGGAGCCCAAAACUAGCACCUAGUCCACUCAUUAUCCAACUCUUAUUUCUCGGCCCCGCUCUGCUUCAAUGGACCCAAGGAGGGCGGGGAAGUGGAGUGGGAGACCUAGGGGUGGGCUUCCUGGCCUUGCUGUACAGGACCUCGACUUAGCUGGCUUUGUUCCCCAUCCCCACAUUAGUUGUUGCCCUGAGGCUAAAACUAGAGCCCAGGGGUCCCAGGUUCCAGACUGCCCCUCCCUCCUCCCCCCUGGAGCCAGGGAGUGGUUGGUGAAAGGGGGAGGCCAGCUGGAGAACAAAUGGGUAGUCGGGGUUAAGCGAUUAGAGCCCUUGUACCCUACCCAGGAAUGGUUGGGGAGGAGGAGGAAGAGGUAGGAGGUAGGGGAGGGGGCGGGGUUUUGUCACCUGUCACCUGCUCCGGCUGUGCCCAGGGCGGGCGGGCGGGGAGUGGGGGGACCGGUAUAAAGCAGUAGGCGCCUGUGCCCGCUCCACCACUCAAACAGUGCCUGCCUGAGUCUGUUCUGCCCCCUCCCCACCCAUUUCACCACCACCAUGACACCGGGCACCCAGUCUCUUUUCUUCCUGCUGCUGCUCCUCACAGUGCUUACAGUUGUUACAGGUUCUGGUCAUGCAAGCUCUACCCCAGGUGGAGAAAAGGAGACUUCGGCUACCCAAAGAAGUUCAAUGCCCAGCUCUACUGAGAAGAAGGUUGUGAGUAUGACCAGCAGUAUACUCUCCAGCCACAGCCCCGGUUCAGGCUCCUCCACCACUCAGGGACAGGACGUCACUCUGGCCCCAGCCACGGAACCAGCCUCAGGUUCAGCUGCCACCUGGGGACAGGAUGUCACCUCGGUCCCAGUCACCAGGCCAGCCCCGGGCUCCACCACCUCACCAGCCCAAGAUGUCACCUUAGCACCGGACAGCAAGCCAGCCCCAAGCUCCACCGCCCCCCCAGCCCACGUCACCUCAGCCCCGGACACUAGGCCCGCCCCGGGCUCCACCACCCCCCCAGCCCACGGCGUCACCUCGGCCCCGGACACCACGCCCGCCUUGGGCUCCACCGCCCCCCCAGUCCACGGUGUCACCUCGGCCCCGGACACCACGCCCGCCUUGGGCUCCACCGCCCCCCCAGCCCACGGUGUCACCUCAGCCCCGGGCUCCACCUCCCCCCCAGCCCACGGUGUCACCUCGGCCCCGGGCUCCACCUCCCCCCCAGUCCACGGUGUCACCUCGGCCCCGGACACCAGGCCGGCCCCGGGCUCCACCGCCCCCCCAGUCCACGGUGUCACCUCGGCCCCGGACACCAGGCCAGCCCCGGGCUCCACCGCCCCCCCAGCCCACGGUGUCACCUCAGCCCCGGGCUCCACCUCCCCCCCAGCCCACGGUGUCACCUCGGCCCCGGGCUCCACCGCCCCCCCAGCCCACGGUGUCACCUCGGCCCCGGGCUCCACCUCCCCCCCAGUCCACGGUGUCACCUCGGCCCCGGACACCACGCCCGCCUUGGGCUCCACCGCCCCCCCAGUCCACGGUGUCACCUCGGCCCCGGACACCAGGCCAGCCCCGGGCUCCACCGCCCCCCCAGUCCACGGUGUCACCUCGGCCCCGGACACCACGCCCGCCUUGGGCUCCACCGCCCCCCCAGUCCACGGUGUCACCUCGGCCCCGGACACCAGGCCCGCCUUGGGCUCCACUGCCCCUCCAGUCCACAAUGUCACCUCGGCCUCAGGCUCUGCAUCAGGCUCAGCUUCCACUCUGGUGCACAACGGCACCUCUGCCAGGGCUACCACAACCCCAGCCAGCAAGAGCACUCCAUUCUCAAUUCCCAGCCACCACUCUGAUACUCCUACCACCCUUACCAGCCAUAGCACCAAGACUGCUGCCAGUAGCACUCACCAUAGCACGGUAUCUCCUCUCACCUCCUCCAAUCACAGCACUUCUCCCCAGUUGUCUAUUGGGGUCUCUUUCUUUUUCCUGUCUUUUCACAUUUCAAACCUCCAGUUUAAUUCCUCUCUGGAAGAUCCCAGCACCAACUACUACCAAGAGCUGCAGAGAGACAUUUCUGAAUUGAUUUUGCAGAUUUAUAAACAAGGGGAUUUUCUGGGCGUCUCCAAUAUUAAGUUCAGGCCAGGAUCUGUGGUGGUACUAUCGACUCUGGCCUUCCGAGAAGGUACCACCAAUGUCCACGACGUGGAGACACAGUUCAAUCAGCAUAAAACGGAAGCAGCCUCUCGAUAUAACCUGACGAUCUCAGACGUCGGCGUGAGUGAUGUGCCAUUUCCUUUCUCUGCCCAGUAUGGGGCUGGGGUGCCAGGUUGGGGCAUUGCGCUGCUGGUGCUGGUCUGUGUUCUGGUUGCGCUGGCCAUCGUCUAUCUCGUUGCCUUGGCUGUCUGUCAGUGCCGCCGAAAGAACUACGGGCAGCUGGACAUCUUUCCAGCCCGGGAUGCCUACCAUCCUAUGAGCGAGUACCCCACCUACCACACCCAUGGGCGCUAUGUGCCCCCUAGCAGUACCAAUCGUAGCCCCUAUGAGAAGGUUUCUGAAGGUAAUGGUGGCAGCAGCCUCUCUUACACAAACCCAGCAGUGGCAGCCACCUCUGCCAACUUGUAGGGGCACGUUGCCCGCUGAGCUGAGUGGCCAGCCAGUGCCAUUCUGCCCCACUCAGAUUCUUCAGGGCCAGAGCCCCUGCACCUUGUUUGGGCUGGUGAGCUGGGAGUUCAGGUGGGCUGCUCACAGCCUCUCUCAGAGGCCCCACCAAGUUCUCGGACACUUCUCAGCCUGUGGAAGUUCAUGCCUGAGGGCUCAUGCCUGGGAAGUGUUGUGGUGGGGGCUCCCAGGAGGACUGGCCCAGAGAGCCCUGAGAUAGCAGGGAACCUGAGGCUGGACUGAAUAAAACGUGGCCUCCCGCUGCGCCAA